AUGAGAAGUUCGUACGCUAAACACCGGCCGGCGUACGCAAAAAAUUCCAAGCUUAUGUUGCCCAAUAGAAAUUCAGCGCCGACACCAGCAGCACGACGUUCUGGCCGACAGAGAACCGGGCCCAUCAAUUAUUACGAGAGAAUAAACCUUUUCGCCGAGCAGGAUUCAGACGACAAUGCGAGCGAGCGAUCGCACAAAUCCUCGAUGGCAUACCGACCACGGGGAAGCUAUUCGUCAUCCCCGUUGGAUUCAAGACCGGAGCCGCCCCGGUCUUUUCAGAUCAAUGAUCUCCGGCCCCGGCCCCGGCCGGAUAAUCCUUCAUCUUGCAGGACUUCUCGCAAUCCAAGAACUUUAAACGGGCUCUUACAUGGUCGUGAAUUGGGCAAUACCAGCCGACAGUUACAAGUUGAUUUUGCCCAAGAUCUGAAACCUUCCAAGCACUGGCAAGGCGCCUCCAAUGACGUUAUUGUUCUGGCUUGGUCGCCGGAUGGAACCAGUUUCGCAGCCGGCGCUACUGCGCAGAGUGAUGAACAAAACAUGGAAUACAAUAAGGGUAACAAUCUUGUUUUGGGGGACCUUACAAGAAACUGUAUGAAGGAACUACCGGACCACUGGGUAAAAUGUCCUUGGAGGCGAGCGGUGUCCGGCCAAAAUCAGACAGAUACACGUCUAUUCAUGAGUGUCACUGCCAUGCAAUGGUUUGAUGAUAUACUCUUUACAUCAAGCUAUGAUAACACUGUGAAAUUGUGGGAUGUCAGCAGUCAUGCCAAUGCUGGUUGUGUUGGCACACUCAGACAUGAUUCGAAAGUUGAGGUAAUGGCGCGUUCGAAUUUUGACGAACAGGUACUGGCAAUAGGUACGGAUUCUAUUGGACUAUGGAACAUCAAAGAGCGAAAGCAUACCUCACUGGAAUUCCAACAGCGACAGCGGAAGAAAGAUAUAGAAUUUGUGCCAACCUCAUUAGCAUGGGGCACUAUUCCAGCAACAAGGAACAUCCUGCUUGCCGGGAUGUCAGAGAAGGAUGAGAAGGAUGAAGGAGUUCCACAGAAUGGGCUGCUUGCAGCUUGGCGCAUGGAUGAAGCAUCGACGACCCCAAUCCACCUUUCCCCAAAUGCGCAAAAUAUCUUUGAUAUAAAAUGGCAUCCUUCAUUGCCAUUGUUCCUCACUGGGAGUGCUCCGACACCCUCGAGGGCUUCACUCGCUAGGUCAGUUGUUCGGUUAUAUGAUCCUCUGAGGUCAAAGAUGCACAAAAUUGAACUCGACUGUCCUGCCCUGGAUAUUAACGAUGUGACUUUUUGUCCGACGAAUCCUUAUUAUGUAACUGCCAGUUGUACUGAUGGUGUUACAUACGUUUGGGAUUACCGCAAGCCCGAGGAUAUUCUGCUCCAGCUUGGGCACGAUGGCCCUUCUGAGCAGAUAGAUGAGAGUCUUCCCCGGGAGCGAGUGGAUGUCGGCGUCAGGAUGGCGCUAUGGGGGGAUGGUCCUGACCAGUUUUACAGUGGUGCCUCGGAUGCCGUUCUAAAGAGGUGGGAUAUUCUUCGCUCCCAGGAGGAUGUUCAUGUUGAUGAUUUUGCGCGUUUCCCAGGCGCGGUUAUGUGUGGUGCAUUUUCAAGUGAUAAAACCAACCUUCUGAUAGGAGAUUCUGCUGGGGGCCUUCAUGUGCUAUCAUCAAGUCCAUUUCAGGCCAGUGAUGGGCAGAGUAUGGUCUUUGAGACCUCGACCGAGGCUAUAGACGACGGCGGGGACCAACAGGCAGGUUCUAACCCCGAGGCUGAAAUGGCGAAUAAUAUGUUGCUGGGUGGGGAGCUUGUUAGACAUCCCAUUUACGGCGUCGGAAAAGGGCCUCACUACAAAGGCCCAUUUGCUAGCUGGGCGCGUCCUGACAGCACGCCUCGACAUCUCAUUGCUGAAACUCCUCUCAAGAAGGAAGUACUAGUUCAUCAAUUGGAUGGUGCUCCGUUGAACGAUCGGCGAGGGCUCGACGAACAGUCUCGAAAAGAAAUUGCCUCUCGAAUCCAAAUCUCCCGGAUACGCAACCAGCGGCGACAAGAAAACAAAAGAAAAAGGGAUGGCUCUACUAGUUCCACCAAACCGAUCUCUUCCAGCAGCAAUAAUUUCAUCGACCUUUGCAGCAGUGAAGAAACAGAUGAUGAGGAGCCUCUUCCUCCACGUCCCAUUGAUAGGUCCAAGCGACGUGCCGGGAAAAUUGGCGAUCGAGUGAUUAUCAAGACCGAACCUGAGAUAAUAGACCUCACCUUGGAGUCCGAUCCAGAGGAAAAUGCAAACCCAUUCAUAUUUGAAACACUGCCUGGAGAACUGGAAGAAGACAUAGAGGACUUUUGGUGGCCAGCAAGCGGUACUAUCGACCCGAAUUUCCCCAAAGGCGAAGAAGAUUAG